GCGGCUAUUCAAACCUAUAGGCUAGGUGUCAUUGCAACUAUCAGUCAAGGAGAGUUCUGCAGCAAAUAGCAUCGUUACGUUCCAUGAACCUAGCAGAAAAGCCCUCGAAACGAAAGCGUGUGUUGGGUUAUGAAUCCUUUUUUCUGCAGAACACUUUGAGGCCCGCCCAAGAUCUCAAAGGUGAAACAAAAAAGCAAAUCGCGAGUGUGAAGAUCACGGAGAGUUUGGCGUAGGGACAAGGCACCGAGUCUAAUUCGAUGGAGUUCUGGGUGUCAGCAUAGAGUCCCAAACUGGCGACAAGAAGAAACCAAACACGAGGAGAGGAAGGAUUGAACGAACCACGGAGUCCUAAGUCGCCCUUCUAGUUGAAGUCGGUGAAGGUGGCGCCUGCUAGCAUGCUAGUUGGUCAGGGUGUUUGGGUUAGCCUGUUUUCAAUGUGGACUCCCCUGCUUUGGGGGAGAGGUAUUCUCAAGUCACACCGCGCGGAAUGUCAGGGGAAACCCCGGCCACUCGUCCCCAGCUUGUUGCGCUACUACGGCGCGCCGUGGCAGAGGUCUAUCUUCGUUCCGCGGCGAUGGCACAUCCCUUCCCUGACACCAGCAUGUGCGAAGAUGUGGACUUCUUGCUGCGCUUGAAAGAGGUUUACCAACAUCGAGUGGGGCUCAAGCGAGAUGAAGAGGGCAUUUGCUUGCACCUCAUGCACGGUGGCAACACGGCGGACUCCAUGCUGCAUCAAUCAGUCUCCGCGCAGAAGUUCGCACAGCUUCAUGUCUCCAAACUGCAGUUCCCCUUCAUGGCGCUCUCACGAGAUCUCCAGGAGCACCAAUCCGAAGCAAAGAUGGGGCGCUUCUUCGUGAAGGCGGAGACUGAAGAACGGAUGCGACAGUUCCAGCGAACGAUCCAAGAGGAGGCGCAAGUCGCGGCCCAUCGAGAAAGGAUUAUCUUUGAAUGACAUUCAACAGCAUGAUUGCAUUUGGUA